AAGCGUAAUUCUUCUUCAAAUCCUAUGUAAACGCAAAAUAAUUUGUAUACCGCACUUUUUUUUAGAAAGGAUAAGGACCUCACCUCAUAAAACAAGUAUACAAACACGUAUACUGCUGGGAAAACAAGAAAGCAAAAAAAUUGUUUCUUUUAGCCAACCUGUUUGUUUUGGCGCUAUUUAUACAUAUCUCUAUGUUGCCACUUUUCCCCAUAAACCACCAUUCUACAGCACCGUUUUCAUAAUCUUUUGCUUCACAAAUAUCCUCUUCUUUUUUCCUUUCCUUUCUAGCUUAGCUCUUUCCAACUUUCUUAAAGAAAACUAAAAACCUCUGCCAUGGCAAUCAUCAAAAUUCUCCACACUUUAUUUGGGAUUUUUGGCAAUGUUACUGGUUUGUUUCUCUUUUUGGCCCCCAUGAUUACAUUUAAGAGGGUCAUUAUGAAUAAAUCAACAGAACAAUUUUCAGGCAUUCCAUAUGUAAUGACUCUGCUCAACUGCUUACUCUCUACUUGGAAAAAAAAUAUGGAUCCAGGAUUUCAAGAGGAUGGGUGCACUAUUGUGAAGAGGUAUGGUCUGCCAUUUGUGUCACCAAACAACAUACUGGUAUCAAUAAUCAAUGGCACAGGUGCAGGACUUGAGGCAUUCUAUGUGUUAACAUUCCUCAUAUUUGCACCCAAGAGGGAGAAGGCAAAAAUCUCUGGAAUUCUAUUUGUUGUCCUUUCUAUAUUCUCAACUGUGGCUUUGGUCUCCAUGUUAGCUCUCCAUGCCAAUAAAAGGAAGAUCUUUUGUGGUUUUGCUGCUGCAAUUUUCUCUAUCAUUAUGUAUGGUUCUCCCUUGUCAAUUAUGAGGCUAGUGAUAAAGACUAAAAGCGUGGAGUACAUGCCAUUCUUCUUGUCUCUCUUUGUUUUUCUCUGUGGUACAUCAUGGUUCGUCUAUGGAUUGCUUGGGAAAGACCCUUUCAUUGCUGUACCAAACGGGGUAGGAGGUUUGCUAGGAACAGCACAGCUGAUAUUGUAUGCCAUCUACAGAGACAACAAAGGAAAAGGCAAGAAAGGUGAGGAAGAUAAAACUUCAGAAAUGGAAUUAGGGAAGCCCCAAGAGAAUAAGGAUCAACUACCUAACACCCUAAAUGGAGAUGCAAAAGCAUGAUAUUUGGGAUUAAUUCAAUCAAAAAACAAAAUAUAAUUAAUUCCAAACUUUAUGAUGCUCAUUUUAAUUUUUCCUAAUUGGAAGGAGUAAUCCUCAGCGAAUCAAGUGUACUUGUAGUAACUUUAGCCAUAACUAGCUACUAUUUCCCUUAUUGUCGUCAAAGUUAUAUAAGAGUAUUAUCAACUACUAUAUUUCUUUUGUACUUUAGAUUUAUGUAAAAAAAUUCAAGUACAGUAAAAUACAACCAUCACAGUACUAGUAAA